AUGUCGGGGGUGGAGGAGGCUUUCCGCAAAUUUGCGACCUACGGCGACACGUCGGCCAGCGGCAGCGACAUGACGGGGAAGAACUUCUCCAAGCUGUGCAAGGAGUGCGGCGUGGCCGACGGCAAGGCCGUGACCGGCACCGACGUCGACAUCGACCAAGGGCGCCCGCACCAUCACCUUCGCCCAGUUCCAGCAGGCCAUGAAGGAGCUCUGCGGCACGCGCUUCAAGGGCAAGGCGCCCGAGGAGGCCCUGCAGGCCGUCUACGGCCUCAUCGAGGGCAAGGAGCCGGGCAACGUGGGCGCCACGGUGGGUACCGGCCGCCGCUCAGGGCCGGGCUGAGCCCCCCGCCGCCUGGGCUAACUCCCGUCCUCGUGCGGCGGCCGCAGAGAGCCACCACGGCCGGGGCGGUGGAGCGGCUGACGGACACCAGCAAGUACACGGGCAGCCACAAGGAGCGCUUCGACGAGAGCGGCAAGGGGAAGGGGCUGGCGGGCCGCCAGGAGCCGGCCGAUGGCAGCGGCUACGUGGGCGCCUACAAGGGCGCCGGCACCUACGACAAGACGCACUAG